GUGUGAUAUUGUAGCAAUCCAGCGGUGACCGGCGACACAAAGAGAAAGGAGGGAGAGAGUUGGGGACGCGGACAGCGACGGGCUGUUCCUGAGCACCGAGGGAGAGCACAAGAUUAACAGCCCUCGGUGACCUCUGUGUGUGUGUGCAUGGCGUUCGCCUCAAGAUGAGAAGUUGGGAAAAUAUUACCAACUAGAAGGAGAUGUUUUGACCCAACAUCAGACGGCUGAGACCCCCCCGCGGGCUGUCUGGUGAAGUUUGAGUGCGGAUGUGCCGCUCCGGCAACGGGAGGGCGAAGCCGACGCGAGUGUGAGAGCCGACAGCGAGCGGCGGCGACCGGCCAGCGCCACAAUGAUGGUCCCAGGGGUCUCCCUCCUGCUUGCCCUGGUCGAUCAUGUCCUGGUAGAUGACAUCAUGACACCGGUUAGCUGCCUGUCAGCUGCCAUGCAAUGCACCCUGGACCCCGACUGCAACAGCAGGUUCCACAUGCUGAAGCGGUGCGCAGCUAACAGUGCCGUGGGCUCCCUGCAGCCGGCAGCCAGCAACGAGUGCAUGAACGCUGCAUUCGCUCUUCAGUCCCACCAGCUCUUCACCUGCAAGUGCAAAAGAGGAAUGAAGAAGGAGAAGAACUGCCUGCGAAUAUUCUGGACCAUGCACCAGAGCCACGUUCCAGAUUACAAUGAGUUUGACACAUCACCGUAUGCGUAUUCAAUGCCUGGUCCAUCAUGGAAUUUGGACUAUGGUAGACUUGCUUCUCUGGUUUCAGACGGGACCAAAGUUCAGCCACUGGUCAGUGUUAACCACUGCUUAGAUGCUGCCAAAGCCUGCAAUGUGGUUGAGGAUUGUAAACAGUUCCGCACCGACUAUGCCAAGAGCUGCACCAAAUCUGUCUCCAAGUUUGGUUGCAACAGACAUCAGUGUCACAAGAACCUCCGUCGCUUUUUUGACCACGUGCCAGACGAAUACAAAUACCCUGUCCUUUUUUGUCCCUGUGAGGACAGCACAUGUGCCGAACGCCGGCGAAAGACCAUUGUUCCUGCUUGUUCCUUUGAGGAAUCAGAGAAACAGAAUUGUCUGAAGCUGCAAGGCAUGUGCCAGGAAGACAUCAUUUGCAAGUCCCGCCUGGUGGAUUUUCAGACCAAUUGCCAACCAUCCAAGAAGUCUUCUAGCUACUGUUUCCGGGAAAACUAUAAUGCCUGCCUUCAGUCAUACACUGGCCUCAUCGGUACCAUUCUGACACCGAACUACGUGAGCAACAGCAGCUCAGAUGUCUCCAUCUGGUGUACGUGUGCCAACAGUGGCAACCAGCAUGAAGAGUGUGAGAACCUCCUGAGGCUUUUCACAAGCAACAACUGCCUCGAAAAUUCUAUCAAAUGGUACAGCAGUUCUGCAUUGUUUCACACACCGAAUAGCGAACACUCUGCUGUAACAAUUCAACAACUAUCGUCCAUCUUCCCUGAAAAGGUCCGGCCAAGCAGCGAUGCCAGUCCAUUAGUCAAAUUGGUCUCAAAUAAGGGUUGUGAUCGUGGUGGCAAGCUGAAGGCUUCUCAAGAAAAGUUGAUGUCUGAGAAACUAAAUGACUGUAAUUCCAAUUCAGGAGCCGACACUCAGAAUCUCUCUCUAAUAAUAUCCCAUGCCAUCACAUUGCUCUACGUCUUCAUAGCAAUUGUAGAAAAUGCCAUUUGAAAGGAAGUAACCAAGAUGUUUUAUGAAGACUGGAGAGUCUGGGUUUUUUUUUAUUAUGCCUUGUCUCUAAAUGCGUUUGCUUUUAAAACAACAACCAAAUGCCUGAAACAUAGCUUGGACUGAGAAAAUAGUUUGUGAAGAUAGCCAAUCGAUUUAAUAUUGCUAAAGUUUCAAUCAGAAAUGUGAUUGGGCUUAUUCCAUACCAGUUUAAUUUCCAUUAUAGCAUAAUUCACUAAUGUUAUAAAAGCCAAAAUUUCUUUAUGCAAUUUCCAGCACAGCCAAUAUCAGUGCAUAACUGAGGUUUCACUAACAUUAAACGCUUAACAAUUACAUUUAAAUCCCUUCUUUUUCUGGAAAGAAUGGCUUUAUGUCCAGACACCCUGUCAGUGGGAAGUUAUCCAUUUAAGUAUUCUUUAACUGAACCACAUCUUUAUGGGACUGUGGAUGUUCUCUAACUGAUUAUAUAUUUAUUUUUCAAAAGGGAGUUAAGUGGCAGAGGGACCGUUUACUAACAUUUAAAUAAAAGACUGUAGAAGCUGUGCAGUACUGCAGACAACCUAGCCAGGUAAACCUUCAUUUUGGAAUGACACUGGAUCAAAAUGAGGUUUGAAUCUCACAUCCUGCAACUGUGAGGUGUGACCACGCUUCCUGCAGUUACUGCUCAGUGACUUGGGAUCAGGAGAUCCUUGCUUCCACUCUGCCUUUGUGGACUCCAAUGUGCCCAACUGUGGGAAAUGAGACACUUCCACAAACCGGGCAACAGGUGGCUGAAGGCAUGGGUGGUGGGGUAGUUUGUGAGAUGGGCUUCAGUGAACACUCAAUGGACUGGAAGUUCUCAGUAUAAACCCCAUAUAUUUCUUCUCCGUUCUGAGUAGUCAUGGGCAGUUCCCUGGAAUGCUAAUUCCCUGGAAUUAGCAUCAUUGUUGCUUUUCUUCACAAAGUCUUUGGGCACAUUAUUACGGCUUUUUACAGAUGUCUUAUCAAUGGAGUGACACCAUGAAAGGUGAAUCUGAAAGGACAACGGUAGAAACAAAGUAUUAAUUGUGCUGCAGUAGGCAGUUGGAACCAUCUCUGGAUUUUUAAAUGAAUGAGAGGAUAAUCGAAUGAGAGAAAAGCACUGAGUACCUCUUCUUAAAAGGCAGAGCAGUUUCCACUGAAACAGGUGCGUCCUGUGGUUAAAGCGCUGGUACCCAUCGACUCAUUGUGAUCAAAGGUGCAAUGCUUUCCGUGACACGGGUCAAAGAAGAGUUUUUAAAAAGUAAUCACCAUUGUAAAUAAGAAGACUGGUAUAGUGAUUUUGAGAAGUGCAAGCUCACACAGACUGCAAUCACCAGAUAAUCUCUCUUCAUGGUACCUAGUGAGGGAUAGCUCCCUUCUCCUCCAAUAGUGUCACAGCAUAGUUACCCUGUACCAAUGUUUCCCAAGUGUCACGUUGCACCUCUAUCUUAUACUAUACAUUGUUUGUAAAUAAGUCUGAUGCUUUAAUUGUUAUAAUGAAUGAAAUUGUGGCAUAAUCUGCUAAGUCUUGUUUAAGGAGUAACCUUUGAAAUCUAUUAUUAGUAAUCUAACAGCACUGUCAUUUUGUGUAGUAAAUGUUUUUGUAAUGUGACAAACGACAGCUGCUGUCAUCUUCAGAUGGUGUUGGAAAACGACUGUGAAAACAUAGACAGCUGGACUGCAUGGCUGUGGUGAGAAAAUCAAUUGGAAAAGAAAAUUUACUGUCACAUGAUAUAUAUUUUAUCAGUGAUAACAGAUCAGAUGAUUGUAAAGUGCUGGUCUCAUCUUUGUAUUCAAAAGUCAUUCAUAAACUACUUGAAAAUGACUGCCUUUAGUAUCUGCUACUGAGGAUUUUUCAGAGGAUUGGAGUCCUACAAUUUUCUGAGAGUUAUCUGGCAUCUUCUACAAGUAUAUUCUAUCUAUGUCAUUGUCUAUGCUUCAGUGUAUGUUCUUGCUGAAUAUCUCAACUAUACAUUCAGCACUGAGCCAGGCAGUCUGAAGGAUAAAAUCCUUAUCUCUGCUGAGCUAGUUGUCCUCAUAUGUGUUUUUAGAGAUUUUGAGGGUUUACCUGUGACUUGUUCACGAAUAAAACACAAGUCAAGCUACAGUGUGGUAAUGAAGUUAGAAGAUUGUUCACCUUUUACAGCAGAGUUAUUGACGGUGAGGUUAUUGAAAUUGUCAACAUGAUGGGAUGUAAAAACCUAUCUUUAAACCAUUGUCUGGAAUUUCCUAUCUAAUAUUUAACACCAGUUUCAACCAUAGAUCUGCUGACACUUCCAAUGCUAAAGCUUAUGAGCCAAAUUGGAAUAAGGAACAACAUACAAAUCACAUUAUACAUGAUGGAGUUUUUAUGGAGACAAUUCGUUAACAAUCCAGGUGAAAAUUCAAAACUCUGUGAGUUCUGUGACCUCCAAAGGCUGAUUGACAAACAUGGCCAAAUUGUUGUUGUAGUUAAAAUAUGGUCAAAGUCACUUUCAGCUUUGUUCCAGGUCACUGCAACUAAUCAAUACCAAAUCUUGUUGUUUGCUGCUCUCUGCUACAUGGCUGGGGGUGGGGGACAAGUUCUAUGCUCAAGAGGAAAAUGCCUCAUCUACUUCAGGAUAAGGAUUUAUCAUUUUUUAAUUUUUCAAUCUUUUUAAUUGAUUUUCAAAUAAAGAAUAUACAAAUACAAAUUGAAAGAGGAGUUUAACAAGUAGAUAAUAUAAAAGACAUAUAAACAGCAAUAUUAAAGACAAAAAGCAUAUAAUAUCAAACUCAAAUAGGUAAUAUAUUAUGCUGUUAUAUAUACAAUGGUCAGAGAGAAAUUACAACUCCUCAUAGCAAUCGUAAAAAAAAAGAUUGAAAAUUUUAUUGAUAGAGAAAGAAAAACCUCAGUAACUAAACUAAAACAAAAAAAGAGAAAGAAAAAAAAAAGAAAAAGAAAGAUUGGGCAGUCCAAAUGAGGAUAAACUUAAAAAAGGAUUUAUCAACAUUUAAUAUGAAAAUAUAGAGCAAGCAGAAGACCAUAAGACAGAGCAGCUGAAUUGGGCCAUUCAGCCCAUCAAAUCUGCUCCGUCAUUCCAUCAUGGCUGAUUUAUUAUUUCUCUCUAUUCCUUUCUCCCGCCUUAUCCCCGUAACCUUUGACACCCUCACAACUUAAGAAUGUGUCAAGCUCUGCCUUAAAUGUACUCAAUGACAUGGUCUCCACAGCCACCUGUGGCAGUGAAUUCCAUAGAUUCAGUACCCUCUGGUUAAGGAAAGUCCUCCUCAUUUCCAUUCUAAAAGGACAUCCCUCUAUUCUGAGGAUCUGCGCUCUGGUCCUAGACACCCACUGUAGCAAACAUCUUCCCCCAUCCCCUCUAUCUAGUCCUUUCAACAUUCAAUAGGUUUCAAUGAGAUCCCAUCAUUCUUCUAAACUCCAGGGAGUACAGGCCUGGAGCCAUCAAACCCUCCUUAUAUGUUAACCCUUUCAUUCCCAGAAUCAUUCGCAUAGGCCUCCUCUGGGCCCUCCUCAAUGCCAGCAGAUCCAAGAGACUCAAAACUGUUCACAAUACUGCAAGUACAAUCUGACUAAUAAAGCCUCAGCUAAUACAUCCUUGUUCUUAUGCUCCAGUCCUCUCAAAAUGAAUGCUAACAUUGCAUUUGCUUCCCUUACCACUCACUCAACCUGCAAGGUAACCUUUAUGCACAAGGACACCCAAAUCCCUUUGCAUCACUGAUUUCUUAAUUUUCUCUCUGUUUAGAAAAUAGCCCACACUUAUAUUCCUCUACCAAAGUGCAUGGCCAUACACUUUCCUACACUAUAUUCCAUCUGCCACUUCUUUGCCUAUUCUCCCAAUCUAUCUAAGUCCUGCAGACUGACUGUUUCCUCAACACUACAUGCUCCUCCACCUAUCUUCGCAAACUUGGCCACAAAGCUAUCGAUUCCACCAUCAAAAUCAUUGACAUAUAAUGUGAAAAGACGAGAUCCCAACACUGUUCCUUGCUGAACACCACUUGUCACCCGCAGCCAACCAGUAAAGGCCCCCUUUAUUUUCACUCUUUGCCUCCCGCCAGUCAGCCAGUCUUCUAUCCAUGCUGUUAUCGUUCCUGUAAUACCAUGCACUCUUGUUAAGCAGCCUCAGGAGCAGCACUGUGUCAAAGGGCUUCUGAAAAUCUAAGCAAAUAAUAUCCUUAACCUACCUGUUAUUUCCUCAAACAAUUCGAACAGAUUUGUCGGACAAGAUUUCCCCUUUAGAAAACUACGCUGACUUUGGCCUAUUUUAUCAUGUUCCUCCAAGUACCCCAAAUCUCAUCCUUAAUAACGGACUCCAACAUCUUUCCAACCACUGAAGCUGGACCAAGUGGCCUAUCAUUUCUUCUGCCUCCCUCCUUCUUAAAGAGUGCAAUGACACUUGCAACUUUUCUGUCCUCCAGAACCAUUCCAGAAUCUAGUCAAUCUUGAAAGAUCGUUACUAAUGCAUCCACUAUCUCUUCAGCUACCCCUUUCAGAACCUUGGGGUGUAGUCCAUCAGGUCCAGUGACCUAUCUACCCUCAGAUUUUUCAAUUUCCCAAGCACCUUCUCCUUAGUAUAGCAACUUCACUCACAUCUUGCCACCUACACUCUCAAUUUUCCGGCACACUGCUAGUAUCCUCCACAGUGAAGACUGAUGCAAAAUACUUAUUAAGUUCAUCUGCCAUUUCAUUGCCCCCCAUUACUAACUCUCCUGUGGCCCAAUAUCCACUCUUGCCUUAUUUUACACUUUAUAUAUCUGUAAAAGCAUUUGUUAUACUCUUUGAUAUUAUUGGCUACCUUACCUUCAUAUUUCACCUUUUUACUCCUUACUGCUUUUUUAGUUGCCUUCUAUUAGUCUUUAAAAGCUUCCCAAUCCUCUAACCUCCCAUUAAUUUUUGCUAUGUUAUAUGCCUUCUCGUUUGCUUUUAUGAUGUCUUUGACUUACUUCGUCAGUCACAGUGCCCCCACCUCCCUUUAGAAUACUUCUUCAUCUUUGAGAUGUAUCUAUCCUGCAUCUUCUGAUUUGCCCCCAGAAACUCCAGCCAUUGCUGUUCUGUCCUCUUCCAAUCAACUUUGGCCAGCUCCUCUCUCAUGCAUCUAUAAUUCCUUUUACUCCACUGAAAUACCUGCCUUUAUCUACUCCCUCUCAAAAUGCGGGGUGAAUUCUAUCUUCUUAUAAUCACUGUCUCCUAAUGGUUCCUUUACCUUAAGCUUCCCAAUCAAAUAUUGUUCAUUAAACAACAUCUAAUCUAGAUUGCCUUUCCCCCAGUGGGCUCAACCACAAGCUGCUCCAAAAAGCCAUCUCAAAGACACUCUACAAAUUCCUUGCCUUGCAAUACAGCACAAACUUGAUUUUCCCAAUCUACUUGCAUAUGAAUUUCCCCUAUCACUAUCAUAACAUUGCCCUUUGUACAUGCCUUUUUUAAAAUCUAUUGUAAUUUGUACCCCGCAUCCUGGCUGUUAUUCAGAAGCCUGGAUGUAACUCCCACCAGGGUGUUUUUACUCUUGCAAUUUCUUAACUCUACCCCAAAAGGAUUAGGCCAUGAGAUCAUAAGAUAUAGGAGCAGAAUCAGGCCAUUUGUUCCAUCAAGUCUGCUCUGCCAUUUCAUCAUGGCUGAUCCAAUUUUUCUCUAAGCUCCAAUCUCCCGCCUUCUCCACAUAUCCCUUCACACCCUGACCAAUCAAGAAUCUAUCAAUCUCUACCUUAAAUAUAUAUAAAGACUUGGCCUUCACACCUUCCUAAUGCAAAGAAUUCAUGGCUAAAGAAAUUACUCCUCAUGUUUGUUCUAAAAGGAGGCCCCUCUAAUCUGAGGCUGUGUCCUCUGGUCUUAGACACUCCCACCAUAAGACACAUUCUCUCCACAUCCACUCUAUCAAGGCCUUUCACUAUUUGAUAGGUUUCAAUGAGGUCACCCCUCAUUCUUCUGAAUUCCUGUGAAUACAGGCCCGGAGCCAUCAAACACUCUUCAUACGACAAGCCACUCAAUUCUACAUCUUCUGAUCCUAUGUCACCUCUUUCUAAGGUUUGAUUUCACUGUUUACCAACAGAGCAAUGCCACCCACUCUGACUAAUUGCCUGUCCUUUCGAUACAAUGUGUAUCCUUGGAUGUUAAGUUCACAAUUAUGGUCUUCUUUUAGCAACAACUCUGUGAUGCCCACACGUUGUACCUGCUAAUCUCUUAACUGUGCUACAAUAUCAUCUGCCUUUUUCUGUGUACUGUUUCCAUUCAAAUAUAAUACCUGCAGGCCUGCUUUCCUCCUUUUUCAAUUAUACUUCAACUCAUCCCACUGAUGGCAAUUUUGCUCUGUCCUUCAUAGUCUCACUGCACACUGCAUCUAUUUGUAUACCAACUGUCCCAUCCUUAGCCUUACCACUCCAGUUACCAUCCCUCUGCUAGGUUAGCUUAAACCCUGCUCAACAGCUCUAGAAAACCAACAUGCAAGAAUAUCCACACCCCUCGGGGUCAGGUGUAACCCAGCCAGCAAAGGCCAGAAAGAUCAGAUCUGAAACCCUGCCCCUGCACCAAUAUCUCAGUCACACAUUCGUCUGCCAACUCAUCCUAUUCUUACCCUCAGGGGUUCGUGGCACAGGGAGCAAUCCAGAGAUUACUACCUUGGAGGUCCUGCUUUUCAGCUUCCAACCAAACUCCCAAUAUGUACCACAACUUAUGGCUGCUGGUGCUCCCCAUUUAGAAUGCGGAGGACCCGAUCUGAGACAUCCCUGACCCUGGCACCAAUGAGGCAAAAUACCAUCCAGGUUUCUUUUUAUCAUCCACAGAAUCUCCUAUCUAUUCCUCUGACCAUGGGACCACCCGUUACUAGUGCACUCCUCUUCUACUCCCAUCCCAGAUUCUGUGCCAGAGUCCUGGUCACUGCAGCUUCUCCCUGGUAGGUCACUCCCCCCACCCCCAGCAGUAUCCAAAGCGGUAUACUUGUUAUUGACGAGAAUGGCCACAGGGGAACUCUGCACUGGCUGCCUACUCCCUUGCCCUUUCCUGACGGAAACUCGUGUGCCUGCUUCCUGCAUCUUAGGGGUGACUACUUCUCUGUAGCUCCUAUCUAUCACCUUCUCAUUUUCCCUUAUGAGCUGAGGGUCAUCCAGCUCCAUCUCCAGUUCCUUAACAUGGUUUCUAAGGAGCUGCAGCUCUAUGCACUUUGUGCAGAUGUAGUUAUCAGAGAGACUGAAGUAGGAACUUCAUUCAUGACAGAGGUCUCCUAAGAAACCUCCUGCAUUUAGUGUCUGAAACAUUGAAGAGCUCUGGUUAUUUCUUUCCACACUAUCUAUCUUUCCUUUUUCACCUUCCAGUAAGAUGGCAGUGCGUCUGAAUGCAGUGGCCUCUCAGGGGCCAACCAACGGUGCACUUUUCUUUUUAAAAUGUGUUUUCUAUGAUUGUAAGACUAUACUGGACUCCAAGAACAACAGGUCCAGCAGUCUACCACCUCAGUCAUCUGUUGGUUGUACAGAGCCGCUGGCCACGGUGUCGAAGGAGCCGGUGGAUGAGUCGGAGAAGGAGAAGCCAGCACUCGGUCAAGAGAAGCAGAAUUGGUGGACAGGCUGGAGAAGGAGGAGCUGGCAUUCAGCCAGAAAGAGAAGCUGGUAGUUGGCCGAGAGGAGGUUCGGAUGAGCUGACCUGGGUGCAGACCAAGCAGCCGCCAGCUACUCGAAGGCUUCAGAGUUGGUGCACAAAAGCAGCAUGCACUAUGAGUGACUGUCUUGGACGUUUCCCUUGCGAUCUCAGGACUUUGUUGGACAUUGAUAAUGUGAGAUACCGCAGGCCUGUUUCCCUUGUCUGGUGGUGAGGCAGCAGCGUGGCCUCGGUUGUGACGCGGAACAAAGCCUCAAGCGGGCUGCAGUGGGGAGUCUGUGCUAAGUUGGGAGCUGGCAUCUCCCAUCAGUGCUGCCCUCCAGUGUUCAACCGACAGAACGACAGACUGGACUGCCAGGAGUUGAACCGUCAAUUUGCAUGUCACUCAAGGACUUGGACUUUACAUGUGUUUUCUUGUGUAACAACAUGUGUUUUUUUCUCUCUCACUAUUUUGAAUGUAUGUUAUGCACCUUGGCUCACAGGAAAACUAUCUCAUUUGACUGUAUCCAUGCAUAGUCUGAAUGAUAAUUAAACUUGAUUUGAUUUAACUGUU